GUGGCCGUGGCCGUGGCCGUGUUCGUGGUCGUGGUCGUGGCCGUGGCCGUGGCCGUGUCCUUAUCCGUCACCGAUCACCCUCCCUACCCUUGAACCCAACCCGAAAUCAACAUCGACAGGAGGAGGAGGAGCUCGUACGAAAUCAAUUAGUACCGGAGUUGCAGGAAUCAAUAGCGGAAGAGGAGGAGGAGUCUGUAGACAGCCUUAUAGAAAGCUUACAGAAAGAAUCUCUAGUGGCUCUGGUUAUGGAAGCAAUCUCCAUUGACCCUCCUUUGAUUGAGAGGGUUCGUAAUCUGGCUGAGGUUGAUCCCGCCCAAAGAGAGAUCUUCGUGUCCCAAUUUGGAAGGCAGACCGCUCUCACUUCUGAGACGUUGAAUUCUUUCUUUGGAAGAUAUGGAGAAAUUGAAAAUUGCACCAUCAAUGUCUAUCAGAUAGUUGGGAAAGCAGAGAGCCGAGGCUACAUUACCUUUAAGCAGCGAAAGGCGGCGUGGGAGGCAGCGAAGGAGCCGUCCCAUAAGAUCGGCGACAGCUAUGUCAGGUGCAUACUGCCCUCUCUUUGGCGCUUCCCCAAUGCUUCCCGCUGGUUGCAAUUGCCCGGUUACAAUCCUGUGUUGGGAUGCGAAUUCAGAUAUCCAUAUAAGUUACCAGGAAGAAGAGGAGCCUCUCGAGAAGCUUCUGGAAGCGUUAGGGACUUACAACCUGGUUUCAUUAGUGAAGGAAGGACUAAUGAAAACCCCAACUAUACUAGCGAGCCUCUACAAGCACGCUGAGAUUGAUCCGACUCUUCGACAUAUCGUAGCUUACCGCAUUGGCCCCUAUUUCAUGACUAAUAGGACGAUCGUGAAUUCAGUAUUUGAAAAGUACGGUGAGAUAGAACGCUGCAGGUUUGAUGAAGAUGGUGUUCAAGUAUUAUUCAAGCACCGAAACAGUGCAUGGAAAGUGCUGAAAGAACCAUAUCUAAAAAUUGGUGACUACCUCACAAGGUGCAUGCGACCAUCAGGGAGCCGCGCCAUGCAUUUUUGGACGGACUGUUGAACAAUGAGCACCAGCCACCCGCAUCUUUAGGUGGGUGUCUUUAGGUAAGAACAAAAUAAGAUAUAUUUAACUGCUCGAUAUUUGUCUUUUUUGUGAUGUUUUACUUGGUGCUUAUACACAAAAUUUUAACCUGUUUUGCUUGGUUUUGAUAUAUAAAAGAAAGGAAAAAAAGCAAAGAUAGGAUAGAAAGUGUUAAGUGUAUGCAAAUAACUGAUUUUCGCUUAUUGAUGCUGCAUGAUAUAAAGAUUAAUGACUUGACAUAAAGACGCG